CUGGUAAUUAAUAAAGAAACCAAAGCAAUAAAAAAGGGCCUCCUUUUUCGUCUCCAAGGGGAGCUCCAUCUUCCAUUGGAGCCUGCAACUGAGCUCUCGCUCUCUCUCCCUCCCUCCCUUUACCCUCACGCCGCGAAGGUGCCGUAGUAGAUUUAGCUUCUUAGAUUUCAAUCUUAUUAGUGGGGUUCUAUGCAUCAUGCUGCUGCUGCUGCUUCACAUUGUUUUAGUUGAAGUUGGCAUGGUUUUGCGUCUGUGAUGGCUGAUUCAUGACGAAAAGGGGAAUCGGUUGUUAAAUUUCAAGCCUUUCCAGUACUUGAGGAACUGAAAACUUAGUUGGCGUUGUGAAAAUGGAGGAUGAGAACAAGAUCUUAAUGAUUGAUGAGAAGGAGCCCAUCCAUUUGGUGAAAGAUUGUCAACCAGAGGAUGUCUUCUUCUCAGAGAUGGAAAUGGAUCAUCGCACGGAGGGUGACAAGGGUGAGGAAAGUGAUGUGAUUUUCUCAAGGGAGGCUCCUCUCAUUACGAAGGACCCUCCAAUCUGCAAAGGCCAUAACCGAGGCACUGAUAUUGGCCGAUCUAAAACUUAUGAAUUGAUUGAAGAAUCUGAGGUUCGAAAGAAGGAUAAAAAUAAGCAGGAAAAGAAACUCAGUAGGCAGGAUAGAAUUGAACUCGGUCGAAUGUUUCAGGGAGCUGUUAGUUCUCAAGAUUUAAAGCUUGCUGAGGAACUGAUUCUGGUGGCUGAUCCACAAAAUCUUAAUGACAUGCUGUGUAUAGCAUUAGACUCCAUAUGGUUCUUGACCGCUAGGCAAGAACUGAAUGGUAUUACAGGUCUGAUUAAGAAGAUUGUUGCGAAUGGAGCAAAUGACUUCACAAGGGCAGCCCUCCGGACAUCGUUUCUUGCUUCAUGUGUUUCUGCAUGUCAAAGUAGAACAAUGAGUUUAGCUGAUACAGUGGGCAUUAUGGCUCAAAGGUUGCAUGAGCGCCUUCAAGAAUGUCAUGGUGAUGAGGUUUUGAAGGCUGAAGCAAGUGUGAAGGUCCAAAAGUUCACAGAAUGGGCCUUGAAGUGCAUAGGAAUCCACUCCCGUUGCCAAGAUAACAAGGGUAAAAGGAAUCAUAGCACAAUUCCAGAAGUCCAACUCCAGUUGUCGGCAUUUAGGACCUUUUUAGAUCUUGCUGGCAACAGCCUUACUGGAAAGGAUUUUACCGAAGCAUUUGAUGCUGCGUGUUUUCCUCUUACACUCUUCUCUAGUUCAUUUGACCCUGGUUGGGCAUCUGGAAUUUCAGCAACUGUUAUACAGGGACUACUAGGGCUGCUUGUUGAGGGUGGUGCAGAUAAUGUAAACCAAUGCUUUCUUGAAGCAUCAAGAUUCGGAAGUACAGAGCUUGUUAGAAUUUUGCUGCAGAUUGCUCAACGAAACAGCUUGGAUGUAGACGUCGAUCUUGCCUUAGGUUUCGCGUCGCAUUACUGUAAAAUUGGAACCAUGGAGUGCUUAGUCGAAGAAGGGAAUGCUGGAGCCUUCCUGGGCCCUCUUAUGCGAGCUGCUGAGCACGGCUGUGUGCAAGUAGUAGAGUGGUUCGUCGAACGUGGAUGUAGGGACAUGGAGCUGUGCCUCGCUCUUACUGCUGCUGCUUCUUGCUGCCAGGUCGGCAUUGUGGCUUACCUUCUCCUACACAUCCCCCAGCAUGUCCUUGCCGCCCUCAGCAUUGAGAUCCUCAAAGCGGCAGGUGAGAGAAGCAGCGGGUCUCUAGACGGCGUUGCAUUCCUUCUCCGCAAUGAUUUCCUCGGUGAUCCUGCAGCAACAUAUGCCGUAGCUGACAGCAUUGCCAGGUCUUCCGAUGAGGCUGUAGCUCCUGAUCUGCGAGCAUUUCUGAAGGAACAUUGGUCGGAAGCCGCAUUCAAUGAGGGCCUGAACUACGGAGAGAACCACUUCGUAAAUUGUAUGAGGAUUCUUAGAAGGGGCUCUUCGCCCAUUUGUCUAAGGGACCUGCCCCCUCCCCUGGUGACUGCAAUAGCAUACCUGCCGCUGUAUAGAGAGUGUCGGGAGGCGGGCAGCCGUUUGUUGCCACAGAAACUAAGAGGGCAGCUUGUGGAGGCAGCUAUCAGGGUCAGCAGUAGGCCAUUCGACAGGAACAGCCAGGCAAGAGAGCUUCUCACAAUUUUGGAGGAUCACCUUCCUACCUUCUUUCUGUAACUUGGAUCGUCGCGGCUCCUGUUAAUAGGUAAAUUGGCGAUAGAACAAGGAACCGAAAGGACAGUAAAUGACCUUGCUCUAGCCAUUCAGCUAUUGCAUCUAGAGUUACAUUGCCGCCGGUGAUGUUCAGAUCAUUUUAUGUAGGAAAGUUGCACAUCAGAGUAGUUUCGGGUAUGGUUGUUUCAACCUCUUCGCAAUGCACAUGGGGGCAUUGUGUUGCCUGUUUUGGAAAUAAUGUGUGGGUUUUAUUUGGGAAGUUUAGUGUCGAUAUAUGUUCGAAUGUGUUGCUUGGUACCCCACUACAUGGAGUUUGAGUAUCAAACUCAUAGGGUAGUAGUUUUUGGACAUGUUUUGCAAUGCCUUUGCGAUCCUCUA